GUAAAAGUGACUUCACCCCCGACAAUACACCCCCCACUGUGAUGCUCUUGUAGAAGCUCCCAACAAAGUAUCCGGUCCAGCAAGUAACAAAGAAAGCUGUGAGCUUUCGGAAACAGGAAAAUAGAGAUGGCGGCUAACUCUACUAGACGAACCCUACAAUUUUCUUCAUCUUCUGCAAAAACCCUUUUGUGCCGUACACCAUCUUCACCUUUCGCCUCCAAAGCUUCUAAUCUUAUCGAACUUACUGCCGUCAAGCCCACUUCUGCUCCUCGACUCGCUGCUCAGAAGCUCAAGUUAUCAAGAUUUCCAGUGGAGUUGGCGGGUGUGCAGUCAUUGAUCCCAUUGCAUAGUGCUACUGCUUCUGCCUUGUUCACUUCGCUCCUAUCUUUGCACAAUAACAGCUGGGGAUGCCUAUCAGAAGAUGGGGCCAUGCCCAAAAGAAAACACUAAACUACGGCUCGAGGCCUACAGAGACCACGCAGGUCAUCAACAACAAAGGACCAAAUACUCUCGGGAGGCAUUUGAAAGGUACAGAGACCCAAAUCAAGGCAAGAGCCCAAGUUAGCAAGUCUAUCAGCCACCAUAUUGCAUUCACAAUAGACAUGAUAAAUAGAGCAGCCCCAACAUUUUUUGAUGUAGUCCUGGCAGCCCCAUAACAAGGUAGCAAGAGGGUGGAGGGCAUCUACAGUUUUAUUGAGAAGAUGCACUGCAAUGGCUGAGUCAGAUUCCAACACAACAUCACUGCACCCCAUAUCCCAAGCAGAUUUGAGACCAUCGUGGAUACCAUCAUGGAUACCCCAUAACUCAGCAUCUAAUACUUGACCAUAACCAAUAUUAGCUGCAAACCCUUUAAUCCACAUCCUAGAGCUUGAUCUAAGAACAGCACCAGCAGCAAUGCAACCAGUCUCUCCAUUUUGGCAACCAUCAGUGUUAAUUAUGGUCACUCCUGCAGCAGGGUACUGCCAGGAUAGAGUGGCUAGGGAGCGGACGGGUUUAUGAGCAAAAUCAGUGUUGGCAUGUUGCCAAUCUGCAGCAGCCAAAAGAAUUAUGACUGGGAUUGGGAGGGAAGACAAACCCAGGAUAAAAAAUCUUAUUGUUCCUCCAUUUCCAAAGGAACCAGCAUGUUAUCGCUCAAUUUAACUACCUAGAUGAGACCAGAAGAUUAACACCAUUUCUCGCACCAGAAAGCAUCUGUCAUGUGUGUUCAAAUUCUUAGAUUUCUGUAAAUCUCUCUAAUGGAGAAGGAAAAUUAAUUCUUUAGUGCAUUUGGCUCAACCGAAUGCCUUAUGUUGAAAAAUUGCUGCACCAAGAAAUAUCGAAGAAUGCAGUGUUCUUAGAAUUCUUCACAGAUAUUCAGGUGACAUGGGGGAGGAAGAUAGAGAAAUAUCCGGAGGUGGUUAUGUUAUGUAUAGGUAGACAGACAUGCCAAUUGAUUUAAUCCAUGUAAUUGUUUUUUUCUUCUUCUUAUCCACGGUGUUAGAAUUUCCUUCAUGAAAACUCCUUGCAACUUUACUUUUCCAGUGGUUCAUUCUCUCAUAUUGUCCCAUUAAUAACUGGGUUUGUUACUGAUGGGUGAUUGCA